AUGUCUGAAGUGGAGGGUCUGUUCGAUUUCUUGCAGUCUAUCUAUGGGCUGUUUGGCUUCUUCACCUUCAAGUUGAAACUGUCCACCCGCCCCGAGAAGUAUAUGGGCUCGUUGGAGACCUGGAACCAAGCCGAGGAGCAGCUCAAGAAGGCCUUGACCAAAUUCAAGGGUAAUGAUUGGGUCAUUGACGAGGGUGAUGGUGCCUUCUACGGCCCAAAAAUAGACAUCACCAUCGCUGACGCGCUGAGGAGAAAUCACCAAUUUUCAUAG